AUGACGAUCCUCCCGGUACUGAGCAAAGGUCAGUUCAUUGAAUACAUGCAUCUAUCCACCAGGAGCGCGUUUACAGCAUGGCCAGUGCUACUGCUGCUGGCGGUGUUGCCCUCGAGCUACGCUCUCCCCGGACAGGCCACCUUCAACUGCCACCUGCGUGGCCGCGAGUGUAAGCUGUGGAACAUCUACUUGGACACCCCGGAAGAGGUGUCCGAGGCGAUCAUCAGCACCGGCGGUGGCGGUUCGUUCGUCGAGGUGGAGAUAGCGUACUCCUCGCUGCCGACCAUCCCCCAGUCGCUGUUCGCGGACAACGAGAAUGUGAUCUCGCUCAAGAUGGAGGACUGCGACGUGGAGCAGCUCGAGAGCCAGACGUUCGACGAUGCGAGCGAGCUGAAGUAUUUGCAGCUGCAGAAGAACCACCUGACCGUACUGCACGAGGAUGGGUUCGUGAGGGCGUCGAAGCUGGUGCGCCUCAAUCUGGGAAGCAAUCGGAUCGUGACGGUCGCGGAGCAUGCCUUCCGAGGGCUGGACAAUCUGGAGACGUUGCGUUUGUCGAAGAACAAGAUCGUCCAGUUUCCGGGGAAGGUGUUUGCCGGUUUGCACCAGCUGACUGAGCUCAACCUCGACCAUAAUCACGCCGAGGAGCUACCGGAUCGGUUGUUUGAAGAGCUGGGUCAGCUGCGGGAGCUGUACCUGGAUCACAACUAUCUCUCCGGGCUCUCGCGGAACACCUUCACCGGACUGUCCGGGCUAAGGAAGCUGAUUCUCAAAGAGAACGAGCUGACUUCAAUCGAUCCACUUGCCUUCAGCCCGCUGACAACGCUGACUGAGCUGGUUUUGGAAGGGAACAAUCUGAAACUGCUCUCCCCGAACACGUUUCUUCCGCUGACCUCUCUGCGGGAGCUCGUACUUACUGAAAACUACAUCGAACGGCUAGAUGAUACGCUGUUCGCUGGCAACACUUACCUCGAGAUAUUGAAGCUGAACAACAACUCGCUCGAGGAACUGCAGCCGGCCGUGCUGGCUAGCUUGCGGAACCUGGAAGACUUGGCGUUGCAGCACAACGAAAUCCGUGCGCUCGAUAGGAAUCUGUUCAAGCACACUAACAGCUUACGGUCGCUCCAGCUCGAGGGGAAUGUCAUUCAGAAGAUCGCUCCGGGCACGUUUGACGGACUGAGGCGCUUGGAGGUGUUAGAUCUGGAGGACAACAGUCUAUCGACGCUUGAUGGGGGGCUCUUUGUAGGGUUAUCGUCGCUGGAGAAGUUGUACAUUAACGAAAACCAGAUCGAAGAGUUGAAAGCCGGCACGCUGAAAGGAGCGGAUCGGCUGCGGAAGCUCGAGCUGGAGCAGAAUGUCAUCCGGCGUAUCGAUGAACGGUUCCUGGACGAUACGACCCAGCUGCGCACGCUGUCGCUGGAUGAGAAUCUUAUCGAGGAGAUCCCAGCACGACUGUUUGCCGAGCAGAAGAGCCUAAAGGAGAUUUCGUUGGAAAACAACAACAUCAAGCAGCUACCGGAAGGGGUGUUUGCGUCGAUUUCUACCUGCCUCGAGGAGCUGUACCUAGCGGACAACGAUCUCGAGGAGCUCUCACCGGGCGUUCUCGAUCUACCGCGGCUGGAGCUGCUCGACGUAUCGGACAACAGGUUCCGCGAGCUUCCGGACGCGAUGUUCAGCAAGGCAAAGCAACUGCACGAGCUGUACCUGGACGGCAACAUGAUCGACGACAUACCGGAUGCUCUCCGUUCGCUUAUGCGUCUCUCGACACUCUCGCUCACGAGAAAUAGACUGCGCGACAUCGAUCCACAGAGCUGGAGCAUGAUGCAGCGGCUGAAGGAGUUGUACCUAUCGGAGAACUUCAUCGAAGCGCUGACGCCACAGAGCUUCGAGCGGCUGGAGUCGCUGAAGGAGCUCGACCUGGACCGGAACCAUCUGCACACCGUACCCGCCAACACGUUCGUGCGCAAUGGCAAUCUGGAAAAGUUGAACCUCUCCAGCAACCACCUGGAAGGACCGUUGGCGAACAGCUUCGCCGGUCUUUGGAAGCUCAAAGAGUUGCACCUUUCGGACAACCCACUUCGCACGAUGGAGGCCAACAGCUUCCGGGAUCUGCGAAAGGUAGAAAAACUGUCGCUCGAAAACUCGAGCCUGGCAGAUCUGAGUGGCAGCCCGUUCUACGGAAUGUCAUCGUUGGAGAAGCUCGAUCUGGACGAGAAUCGGGUGCAGCGACUGGAGGGUUCAUCAUUGCGAGGGCUGGAGAUGCUCGAGAAGCUUCACAUACACCACAACCCCGUGUCACGCAUUGAUGACAACACGUUCAAGCAUCUGGGCAACUUGAAGGUGAUCUCGAUCGGCCCGGGAACGAUCGACUUCUCCGAGGAUCUGCUACAGAACAACCAACGCUUGAAGGAGCUCUACCUGUUCGACUGUUUAGCCGGACCACUGCCGGGAAGGUUUUUCCACUUCAACAAGAAGCUGAAAACGCUUGCCAUUGCCAGCAAUGACAAGUUGGGUGGUUUGAACAAGCAGUGGUUUAAGGAUCUGUCCAACCUACAAACGUUGAUACUGACAAAGAACGGCCUCAAGCACUUCGAGAAGGGAAUCUUUGAUUCUCUCGAUGGCUUGGACGAACUGCACCUCUCGGGCAAUGCGGUUGGUGAGCUUGAUAGGGACGUGUUUAGCAAGCUGUUGGGUUUGGAGGUACUUGACUUGUCCGAUAUGUCGCUUCGCAUGCUCCCGAUGGGCAUCUUCGAUAACCUGUACGACCUGGAGCGGCUGGAUUUGGGUGAAAACCAGCUAGCGAAUGGUUUAACAAAUGGCGUGUUUAGGAAUCUCUACUCACUGAAAGUGCUCUCGCUGGACAACAAUCACCUGCAGACGCUGGAUGCCGUGCUGUUUGAUGAUUUGAAGAAUCUACGCGAGAUCGAUCUCAGUGGCAACGAGCUGAGCAGUCUUGAUCCGCAAAUUUUCCACGACUCACUCGACCUCGAGCUGCUCGAUCUGUCGUCGAACAAGUUCACCUCCUUUGACCUACAGCAGACGACCUUCUCGAAAACGCUGGUCGAGCUCGAUCUCGACGCCAACCAGCUGGUGUCGAUCCGAAUCACCGAAGAUCUCGAAGAACUGUACGUCGAGAACAAUCAGCUGACGACGAUCGAAGUCGAUAACUCUCCGUCGCACAGUCUGCGCAGCCUUUCGAUAGCGAACAAUAAAUUCGUCGAACUCGACUCGCUGUAUCGGUUCAACAAUCUGGAGGAGCUGGACGCCUCGUACAACGAGGAGCUUCGGGUGCUUGAGCUCGGUCGCAUUGCCCACACCAUGUCCGUGCUGGAGGUGCUGAACGUGUCGCACUGCAGCGUGGAGGAGCUCGAGCUGAGCGAGCUCGAAAUGCACGCGUUCCUGGAACUGCUCGACAUUUCGCACAACAAACUGGGCAGCCUCGAAAUGGACGCGUACCGACACUUCCCGGCGGUGGAGAGCUUCAUCUUCGGAGGCAACGCGUUCCAGCAGUUUUCGAUCGAAGACGUGCUGGGUAGCUUUAAGGAUUUGGAGAUGAUCGGGCUUGAUGGAACGGCGUGGGAGCCAGAUUUCCUAGAUGAGCUUGAACGCUACAUUGCCGACAGGGAUGUGCGUUUCUGGCAUUACGGCAUCGACGAUGACAAGCCGUGCACGAUUGGGAGGGCAGAUAAUUUGUUCUGUAAGUGA